UAAAAAGAAAACUGCGUCGACGAAGGUAAAUUCAACACCUCUAAUCUCAAAGCCGGUUUGCCAUUCUUCAUGGAUUCAGGUGUCCUCGUACGUCCUUGCCGCUUCAAUCUCCGGCUAGCACAGGCAGCAGAUCUUCUGCCGUCUGCCUCUCUCCGGACAUCUGUACUCCCACCAGUCGGUUCUGGUCCCCGAGCAAGAUUGCCCCGACUCGCUGCCGCGUCAUCGACGGCGAUCUCCCCAACAGAAGCGGAGGAGACGGAUGUGGCAGCCUCUCACUCAUCUCCUUAUCCAGACCCUACCCUAAUGAGGGUUACGGUAGAGUCUCUGCAGUAUGAGAGUGGAUUUCUCGGCGGCAUCUCUGAGAAAACACCGCUGCCAGCGGCUGAUAGGGGCGCAAAUGGGGCGCCCAGCCCGAUGGAGUAUCUCACUAAUAUACUCUCUUCAAAGGCUUACGAUGUCGCUAUAGAGUCUCCUUUGCAGUUUGCCCCCAAGCUAUCGCAGAGGCUCGGAGUCAAUCUAUGGCUCAAGAGGGAGGAUUUGCAACCCGUAUUCUCGUUUAAGUUGCGAGGAGCAUAUAACAUGAUGUCAAAGCUUCUUAAAGAGCAGUUGGAUCAGGGCGUCAUUUGUUCGUCUGCUGGAAAUCAUGCCCAAGGAGUUGCAUUGGCUGCUCAGAAGCUGGGGUGUGAUGCUGUUAUCGUAAUGCCUGUUACAACACCAGAAAUAAAGUGGAGAUCAGUUCAACGUUUAGGAGCAACAGUUGUUCUUAAGGGUGAUUCUUAUGAUGAAGCUCAGUUAUAUGCUAAACAAAGAGCGGAGAGUGAUGGUCGGACAUUCAUACCUCCCUUUGAUCAUCCAGACAUUAUAAUGGGACAAGGAACUGUGGGAAUGGAAAUUGUUCGCCAAAUAAAAGGUCCUUUGCAUGCCAUAUUUGUACCUGUUGGAGGUGGUGGACUGAUUGCUGGCAUUGCUACUUAUAUAAAAUGUGUUUGCCCAGAAGUUAAAGUCAUUGGAGUGGAGCCCUUUGAUGCAAAUGCAAUGGCAUUGUCUCUUUAUCAUGGCCAGAGAGUAAUGCUUGAACAAGUGGGAGGCUUUGCUGAUGGUGUGGCAGUCAAAGUAGUUGGAGAAGAAACUUUCCGCUUAUGCAGAGAUCUUGUUGAUGGGGUGGUUCUUGUCAGUCGAGAUGCUAUCUGCGCAUCUAUAAAGGUGAAUCAUUGUCUUUAAUGGCUUGGCAAUAUA